AUGACUCCCAGUCGCCUGAAAUUCGACCUCACACAGAAGAAAGAAUCGGGCAUUAUCCUCGGGCUGAUAGCCAUGCUGAUGGUGUUCACUCUACUGACCGAGGCGUUCUACGUCGCAGGCGGCGGCGCCGGCCCGCAUGCGGUUGCGCCCGUAGGCGGAGCGCUCGGCAGCGCACUUAGCGGUUCAGUGAGCGCGGAAGCCGCCAAUGUGUUGCAGCAGUCUUCUGGAAAGAAGGCGCUGUGGGACUGUCUGACCUGCGGCGCCUGCGUGGAAGAAUGUCCCGUCGGCGUAGAGCACAUCAGCACCAUCAUCGACAUGCGCCGCUUCCUUGUCAUGGAGAGGCGGAGAUGCCGGAGGACUGCGAUGAACGCCCAUGAUUAG